CAAUCCUGUCAAGGAAUCCUGGUCCGCGUGGACGCACCCGUCGAUCCAAAGCACCCUCGAAAGACGCAUAAAACGCUCUCUGCCACCGUGGACGGAGAUGUUCUCCAUCGUCACAGAGUUCUUCAACGAAGAACACAAAGCUUUUCCGUGCUACCACCCACCUACUUUCAUGACUCUCUUAGGCCAGCAGUAUUCUGGGACCAUUACUGACAACCCAGCCUGGUGGGCCUCGCUCAACGCUAUCCUGGCCAUCGUCCUGCGUCGUCGAGUUGAAAGGGGCCAGUGCCCUGCAACCGAUGAGGCCCGGGCUUGGGAUUAUGCUGCCAACGCUUUGGGGAGUGCUCUGGACAUUUUGAUGCGCAACACGCAGCUGAUAUCUGUCCAAGCGCUUCUGAGCAUUGCCUGGUUUUUCCUGGGAACUCCUAAUCCGCAGCCUAGCUUCAUGUUCGCUGGGAGUGCCCUACGCUUAGCCCAUUCCAUUGGGCUUCAUAAGACUGAUUGCGACUCAUCUCUAGGUCCUAUUGAACAUGAGAUGAGACCCAAGGUCUUCUGGAUUGCCCUUAGCCUGGAUCGGGAGCUCUGUCUUCGGACAGGAAGGCCACCAGCUCAUGAUCUCCAUGAUUUCCAGGUUGAUCUACCAACAGAUUCCGUCGCCGACGACUCUGACGCUAUAACAACCAUGAAUGGCGCAACAUUGAAGCUUUGCAGAGCUCAAGCUGGGCUGGCCAUGGUUCAGGGCUGUGUAUACCGUAAGCUGUACUCAAGUGAGUCCUCGAAAGAUGCAAACCAUAUUGCAGACUCUAUUUUGGCGCUGAACAAGCACUUGGAGAAAUGGCGUGCCUCCAUAAAUCCAGCAUUCAUUUCUGAUCAACCUGUCCAGAAAGGCGAGCAUCCUGGACUGGUGCGUUUAUACUACUCUUAUUACAACUGCGUCAUUGUCACGAAUCGCGCGUACUGUCGCGAAUACUGGAUGGCUCUCAACAUGACAACAGCUCCAAAGCUGACCGCGAAUGUAAGAGCCUCGAUCCGCUUGUGUUUGGAUGCGGCUAGAUCAAUUGCUGCGUUAUCUUUUGUGAUACCGCACGACUGGAAAAGCUUUUACUGGGAUACAAUUUCGAUAAAUGUCAGCGCCGCCAUCAUUCUCUCAAUCAACAUCCUACGCGAACCGAAACUGGACAGCACAGAAGUUGACCUACGUACUGUAUUCGACAUCAUUCAGCUUUUUGCUGCCUUGGACCAGGGAAAAGGCGAUACCUACCUGUCACAGGUUCGGAAGGCGUGUGAGGAGUUGUAUCGCAUGGCUCAACGGGCAUUCCUUUCAUCUAAGGAACAGACGCGCACGGGCAUCUUACUACAGCCGCAGGUGCAAGAUACCCAGGGUAUCAUUGACACUAACCGUCGUGAAAACAGCCUCGGCGGAGCGCAAUCAACCUUUGUGCCCCAUAUGCCGAACGGAACCCCUCUGCACACAGCUCCCUGGGUAGCUGGUGUUGAGUCUGCAUUGGACCCAGAGCCUCGCCUGGAUAUCAAUGAGUUCGACCUCAGUAAUUGGCCUCAAGCCGGACAGAUGGCCCCUGAUCCAGCUUCAAUACAGUGGAGUUUGGAUAUGCUAUGGGAUGGGCCUUUUGUAUCUUUGUAUUAGGGCACCCGACUUCUGAGAUGUGUAACCAUACACCACCAAUCCAUGAAUGAGUGCGAAAUGCUCAAGAAACAACGUCUCGGCAAGAAUAUAAAGGUUCCUCGAUGUGUA